ACUGUAGACAGAGAAAUAAUGGAGCGCAAAGACAACCAGUCUCCUCAAGAUGAAACCGCUCGGAUUCUGGUCGAGUUCUUGGAGGUGGCAAUCACUUCAAUCGUUUUCCUCAAAGGAAUCUACCCUCCAGGUGCUUUUGAGAGAAGGAAGUAUAUGAAUUUGGUGGUUCAAAGAGCUCGGCACCCUGAGCUCAGAGAUUAUAUCCAUUCUGCUGUCUUAGGACUACUUCCUUCUAUCAAAAAGGGUCUGGUGGAGAGAGUAGCUGUUAUAUUCUUCGACAGUGACAACAACCCUAUGGAAAGGUUUAUGUUUAAGCUCACUGUGGAUGGGUCUUAUGAUUCAAACGUCAAAGAAGCUGACCUGGAGUUCUCACUUAGGUCAUUCUUUAUCAAGCUUCCUGUCAUAGAAUCUGUUACUAGGGUUCUUCCUCAUAAUUGCAGGUGGGAGAUAACGGCAUACUUUCGGUCCCUUCCUCAGGAAAGUUCAAGUAAGAAUGAAGAGUUGUGGAUUCCAACAGACACAAAGCAGUGGCAACAACCUCCCCUAAUAACUCCUAUUAAAUCAAUGAGUAGUCAACCACUCUCUGUGCAGUUGUAUCUAGAACAUCCAAGUGUAUCUGAACCAAAGCCUUGAAUGGAGACUACAACUUUCAGUUGUAUGCGCGUAUAGUUAGUGUGACCCCAGGUAACAGUUGCAACAUCCAUUAUGCCAUCCAUUCUAUAUUUGCUUAUACCAUGCGACAGAAGUUUAAAGAUGUCAUUUGGAGAAUUCGGACUAUUCUGCAGUCUCAGCUCAUGAGGAACGAUUGGCUAGUGAAAGGUUUGUGGCCUCUGAUGGAGUGGGAAAGAAGUUUAGAAUAUCAAAAGAUGGGAACUUUCAAGGUUCACAGGCCUUUA